AUGUUCUCCGUUCGUAGCUUCGUCGCUCUCUUCUGCGUCCUUAUCUUGGCCUUCUCUGCCGUCAACGCGGCACCAAACCGCGUCCUCAUGCGCUUCGGAAAGCGCGGAGGUAACAGCGAGGGCAACUUGGGUUACCGUUACGUCCCAGCCGCCGCACCAGCCAUCGCUGAGUACAUCGAUGUUGACGAUGUCCUCGGUGGUCAAGACCGUUUCUAA